UGCUGCAAACCCCAGUUGUGCAACUACUGUGGGAGUGCCAAAGCACUGCAUCUCGCCUAUAAAUCAGGAGCAAUAAGUGCUCUCCGCGCAGCAGUGGCGAGACAGAGCACAGGCAGUCAAGGCUAAGAGGUCGAGUCCUGUUGGCAGCCCAGGUUCCUGGCGCACACAGCAGGGAUGAGAGUGGCAGUGGUGGGUGCAGGUGUCAGCGGGCUGACAGCCACCAAGUGCUGCCUGGAUGAGGGUCUGGAGCCCACCUGCUUUGAGCAGAGCCGGGACAUCGGGGGACUCUGGUGCUAUACGGAGCACAUCGAGGCUGGCCGACCAAGUCUCUACCCAUCGGUCAUCAGCAACACCUCGAAGGAGAUGUCAGCGUUCUCUGACUUCCCCUACCCUGAGGACUUCCCGGUGUUCCUGCCCAAUGCUCGGCUCCUGGACUACCUCAAGCGCUAUGCCAAGCACUUCAGCCUCCAGGAACACAUCAGACUCAGGACCACUGUCAUCAGCAUCCGGAAACGCCCUGACUUUGCCACCACAGGACAGUGGGAUGUGGUCACAGAGGCAGAUGGGAAGCAGACGUCACACGUCUUUGAUGCCAUUAUGGUUUGCAGCGGCAAUUUCUCUGAGCCAUCACUCCCCCUGCACUGUUUUCCUGGCAUCGAGCUCUUCCAAGGCCAGUACUUUCACAGCCGGCAGUACAAGCAUCCCGACGUGUUUCAGGGGAAGCGAGUCCUCGUGGUUGGCAUGGGCAAUUCAGGAGUGGACAUUGCGGUGGAGGCCAGCCGUGUAGCUGCAAAGGUGACUAUUAGCACUGGCCGAGGUGCCUGGCUGCUUAGCCGUGUGUUUGACCAUGGCUACCCAUGGGACAUGGUUUUCAACACUCGCCUUAUGAACCUGAUCAGAAACAACCUCCCUGGAGUCCUUUCACGGAGUUUUAUUAACUACAAGGUGAACCAGCGGUUCAAUCAUGAAAACUAUGGCCUUCAACCAGAGAACAGCUGCCUGGUGCGCGAGCCUGUGCUGAACGAUGACCUUCCAAGCUACAUCCUGACAGGGAGGAUCACCAUCAAGCCAGGCGUGAAGGAGUUCAAGGAGAACUCAGUUGUUUUUCACAACUGCCCUGAAGAGGAGCCCAUUGAUAUGGUUGUCUUCUGCACGGGCUACGAUGUUUCCUUCCCUUUCCUAGAAGAAGAAGUCAUCAAGGUGGAAAACAAGCAUGCAUCCCUCUACAAAUAUGUGUUUCCAACCCACCUGCAGAGACCCACCCUGGCCGUCCUUGGGCUGAUCAAGCCACUUGGAGGCAUCAUGCCUGUGACAGAGAUGCAAGCGCGCUGGGUGACCCGUGUCUUUAAAGGCUUAUGUCAGCUACCUUCUCAGUCUGUCAUGGAGAAGGAAGUAUGUGAGAAGAGCAAAAACCGAGUGAAAUGGUUUGGUCUGACCUAUGAUGAAGUCCUCAAAAUCGAUUGUCUGGGCUACAUGGACAAGAUUGCCUCCAUCAUCGGUGCCAAGCCCAGCAUUCUGAGGCUGCUCCUGACUGACCCCCAGCUGGCCUUCACUGUUUUCUUUGGCCCCUGCAGCCCUUACCAGUACCGGCUGGAGGGCCCUGGACGCUGGGAGGGGGCACGCCAGGCUAUCCUCACCCAGUGGGACCGGACUCUGAAGCCCACUAGAACACGAGUCCCCGCCAGAUCCUCCAGCUUUUGCCCUUCUCUCCUGACUGUGAUGGGGUUCCUUGUGCUCCUGGCUGCCCUGUUUUUUGGUUUCCAGUAGAAUACAGAGCCCAUUCUGGUUUUUUUCCCCUUGUCCUUGGGUGCCACAGGGUACCACAGUGAAAGAGAUUUUGGCAGAUCACAAGAAAUUUAAAAUUUUACCCAGCAACACAAACAUCUCUUUGCUCCAGCUCACCCCUGAGCGCAGCUUUGCAGACCUGAUUAGCCAAGGAUGGCAGCCUCCCCCCAGUAUUUUAUCACCCCUCUGCUGCUCUCCUGCCUGCUGCUGUGAGCAGAGCAUGGCUGUGUGGCACAGCUGUGUAACAUGGCCAUGCCCAGACCACGCUGGCCAGGAGCAGCAGGGACAAGGCCAGGAAAAAUAGCUUUGAGCGUCGCAGCCAGAAAGAAGCAUGGGGUGUCUGGCCUUGUCCCGAAUUAGCCAGGAUCUGGGGUCUUUAGUCCAGCAAGGCGUUAUCUGGGCUGGGUAAUAGAAGUCAGGCUGUCCCUUCUUCCAGUCUUAAAUCCUGUGACACAAAAAUCCCAGUUUGGGUUGAAUUGGUGCAUCUUUCCAGCAGUGGAGCCCUGGCUGUGGGGGUUUGUUCCCUCCUGAGACUGGUGCUGAUACCCUGUGGGGCUGAGCACUCCCAACACCCCUUCCCUGCACUCCCCACCUCCAAGGCGAUCCUGGGGCUUUGUUUUAUGCGGAGAGAGACUUUCAAUUA